AUGGAUGUGACUGUGGUGGAGGAGAAGAUGUCCUGGGAAGACGCUCUGAGCCACUGCAGAGAGAAACAAACUGAUCUCCCCAGUCUGCUCUCUGAGACCGAUCGGCUUCUGGACCACACUCAGAUCAAGCACAAGAACAUCAGUGAGCGGGUGUGGAUGGGUCUGCGUUUCCUGGGUGACCGCUGGAUGUGGUUGAACGGUGACCCUCUGGAAUAUGACGCCUGGUCCAAAGGAGCUCAGGACCAGCAGUGUCCAGUCAGGAAACGCUGUGGAGCUUUAACCAAAGAGGGACUGUUGGAGAACUGGGACUGUCAAGACAAACUCAACUUCAUCUGUGUCCGACACAUUCUGGAGAAAGAACACAUUAACUUCAGCAUAUACUGA